AUGGCUUCCUUCCUAACUUCCACUCUCUAUUCCCUCUCCCUAACCCUAAUUUUAGCCGCCUCAGCCACCGCUAACCUCCCUUUCUCCACCCACUUCGUCGAAACAAAACCAACAACCACCAGAAAAAUGACCCGCCUUCAUUUCUAUUUCCAUGACAUUGUGAGUGGCAAGAACCCAACUGCUCUCAAAAUAAUCGGGCCUAAAAGUUUGUUUGGAACAACUGUAAUCAUCGAUGACCCUUUGACUAUAGACACCAAGCCCGAUUCGUUGGUGGUGGGAAGAGCUCAAGGACUCUAUGCUAUGGCUUCUCAACAUGACUCGGGUUUACUUAUGACUAUUAAUUUUGUUUUUACUUAUGGAAAGUACAAUGGAAGUGCGCUUAGUGUUAUGGGUCGAAACCGUGUGUUUGAUGUGGUGAGGGAAAUGCCUGUUGUUGGAGGAAGUGGGGUCUUUAGAUUUGCUCGUGGCUAUGCACUUGCGAGCACUGUGAGGUAUAAUUUGAAAACCGGAAACGCGGUGGUUCAGUAUAAUGUCACUGUCAUGCAUGAUUGA